GCGAUCACUUUCGUCAAAGCCAGUGAAGCCAUAGCGGCAUCAUCGCCAUUCGUCGCGUCUCCUCUGAUCCGCGCGCUACGUCAACGUCGCCGACAUGAACGCACCUCCGGCAUUCGAGUCGUUCCUUCUAUUCGACGGUGAGAAGAAGGUGACCAUCGAGAAGGACACGAAGGUGCCCAACGCGGCCAUCUUCACGGUCAACAAGGAAGACCACACGCUUGCCAACAUGAUCCGCGCUCAGUUGCUCAAGGAUCCGUGCGUCCUCUUCGCCGGCUACAAGGUGCCCCAUCCUCUGGAACACAAGUUCAUCCUGCGCGUUCAGACCACGCCGGACAACACUCCGCAGGAGGCCUUCACCAACGCCAUCACCGACCUCAUCAGUGAGCUGUCGUUGCUCGAGGAGCGCUUCAAGGAAGCCGUGCGAGAGAAACACGACGGCCUGGAGUGAAUUAGGACUCGCCCUCGUCUGUGACCGUGGGAGACUCUGAAAUCUAUCAAG